UGUUAUCAUUUUGGAAGAAAAAAACAAGAGAAAUUCAAAACCUUGAGGCUUUUCUAAGGAAUUACGGAUCCCUGGCCCCCAAAAGAUAUAGUUAUUCAGACAUCAAGAAAAUAACAAAUUCGUUUCAAGAAAAAUUGGGCCAAGGUGGUUUCGGUGGUGUGUUCAAAGGGAAGCUACCAGAUGGUCGUUUGGUUGCAGUGAAAGUCCUAAAUGCCUCUAAAGAGCACUUAUCUAUGAGUUCAUGUCCAAUGGAUCUCUUGAGAAGUUCAUCCACAACAAGAAAUCAAUGAAAACAUGCCCUCACCUCGGUUGGGACAGACUACAUCAAAUUGCAGUUGGUAUCGCUCAGGGAUUAGAGUAUUUACAUCGUGGUUGUAACACUCGAAUUCUACAUUUUGAUAUUAAACCUCAUAAUAUUCUUUUGGACGAUGACUUUUGUCCAAAGAUAUCUGAUUUUGGUCUUGCUAAAUUAUGUCCUAGAAAAGAUAGUAUCAUUUCUAUGGCAGAUGCUAGAGGGACAAUAGGAUAUAUUGCACCCGAAGUGUUCUCUCAAAACUUUGGAGGGGUUUCACACAAGUCAGAUGUCUAUAGCUAUGGAAUGAUGAUACUAGAAAUGGUGGGAGGACGAAGGAACAUCGAUGUAGGAGUUGAUCACACUAGCGAGAUUUAUUUUCCACAUUGGAUAUAUGAGCAUAUUGGAGAAGGUGAACAGCUACAGUUAGACAUGGUUACAAAGGAAGAGGAAGAAGUAAUAGCCAGAAAGAUGGUCUUAGUGGGUUUAUGGUGCAUACAGAUGGAUCCAACAAAUCGACCAUCAAUCAGCAAAGUGGUGGAUAUGUUAGAAGGAAACCUUGAAUCUUUGCCAAUUCCUCCCAAGCCUUACUUAUCUUCUCCUCCAAGACAACAACUAGCUGAUUCUUUUACCACAUCAAUAUCUUAAUUGUUUUUAU